UUUACCAACUAUUCCAAAUUCAAAGGUGAUUCGGAGCCCCUCGAGAUAGAUGCCACUCCCACUCCUCAACCAGUCAAAGAACCAACAUCUCGAGCAUCGACACAAUCUAAAAAAGCUUCAAAAAGCUCUCGUACUUCCUCACAGUUCAGUCGAACUGAAUCACAGCGUGCCCACACUGCACCACAACAACGUAGCAGCAAAGCUCAACAUUCUCGCUCACAGGCUCGUUCCUCAGUUGCUACUCCGAAGGCGACAGCAUCCCAGGACAAGGCAGCUCGAACCACUUCUCCAGCAGCAACUGAUACUCCCGUCGGCGGGGCUGUACUGGGUACCCGACGUCCUGGCCUUCUGGUCACCCGAACACCCUCAUCAUCAGGCCACACCGCUUCCGUGGUAAUUAAGAAACAAAUAAGCACGGAUGCAUCUUCGGCGACCUCAUCCGUAACUCCUCCCACCACAAACAGUUCGGGCGUGAUCAUGCUUCAUCAACGGCGUGUUAAUCCAUCCAAUUACAUCAUUCGUCCAUCAACAUCCGAAUCAGAACCAGCUUUAGUCGUUCCCAGUAACUUGGUCAAGGGUAACGAAAGUGGUUUGUGGACUCCUGGCAAACGUGGCCGUCCGCCAAUUGCGAUGUCAAUGGCAAAGAGGCAAGCUCUUAUCUUUGAAUACCGGUGUUUCUGUCGCAAACCCUUCUAA